AAUCUUCCCUGAAUCAUCCGCCACUCACAAAUUGUAUCUCUUUUUUAAUGUUAGUUUUACUCUUCAUUCAAGCAAUCUUAAUCUUUCCACUAUUUUUCAUCUUAACCAUCCUCCACACCAAAGCUCAUGCAGACUUGAGAACAAUCCGUUUUUUCCCAAGAAUUAAUUCAUUUACGAUUCCGUCAACUUUCCCUUUUCUCAUUCACUCUUCCUUCACCAUCUACAUCAUGUGUUCAUGAGUUCACCCCAAGAAGCCUCAGUUAAUGUAAAAUGUUAUUCAAAAGUUACUUGUCUUAAAUCAAACCAUUUUGUUUCCUCUUUACCUUCCGUUUUACCUGAUUAUUAAAUCUUAAUACGACUUAACCUUUUCAGGUUUGUGUUGAACAUCGAUUAUGCAGUGCUUCUUCUGGUUCCUUAUAUUUAUUAUAUACAAUUAGGAUUAUCAUUAUAACUUUAAUAACUGAUUUCAUCUUUAACUGGAUUGGGUUACUUUAAUGUUUCCUCAUCUCUUUCAUCAUCCCGAUCAUCCUGAUCAUCAUUAUAAAAUGAUAAUUCAUUUUAAAUGUUAAUUUACUUGAAUGGUUUCCCUUUUGUUUUUCACCAACAUUUCAUCCUUCAUCAAUAGAUUAACCCAAACUUGCAAACCAGAAAACAAGAAAGCGAUUUUUAAUCUAAAUUUGGGUUGAUUGCCGGCUAAGAGUAACAUCUAUGUAGACCAAUUGACUUGACAAUCAACUUGUUAAAUUGUCUGUAAGAGAUGAGAGUGCAAUUAAUUGAUACAAAAUGGUUAAAAGAGUCAACAAUUAUUGUUACAAUUAACAGGCAACAACGACAACAAUAAGCAACAUUUAAAUUUACCUGUCAAGGUCUAAUUAAUUUUCAUUUUCAUUUUUUUUCUCUUAACCCAUCAAUUUACCUUCUGUUGAUCAACACCUGAACAUCAAUCAUCCUUCAUCAUUGAACACCUUUAAUCCAAAAUUGUGUUUUAACUCAACAUUAAUCCAGUGACUAUGAAUAUGGAUUUAGAGCUACCCGGAGGUGUAAUUACAACUCAUUGUGUUUCCUCAGUGAUUAGACCUGGAAGUAAAGUUACUCAUGAUCCAUUACAAUUUGUUAAAAUUCAAUCAGCUGAACUGAGUAAAAAGGCUGUUGAACAGAUUCGUCUGGCUGAAGAAGUAAAAAUAACCAAAGACAAGAUUAAAGAAGUGGAAGAAGAAUGGCAAAACAAUUUACUUAAUUGGAAAUCAAAGAGGCGACAAUCACGAUCAACUAAUUGUCCACUUAAUAGUGAAUCAUUGGGUGAAGAAUCAGAAGAUCCCGAAAAUCCUCGAAAAAUUAAAACCUUUUCCGAGAUUUUAAAUGAAAAGGCCAAAUCUGGUUAUCGGAUUGGUUACAAUUUAAGCAAAUAUAUUCGCAAUGGAUCGGAAGAUGAUGAAGACGAGGAAGAAGAUGAAGAUGAAGGCUGUAAAAUGAUGGAAGAUGAUAGUACAUCAAGGUUAUCUUCAUCAUCAGAUGAUUCCUCAAACACCAAGAAAAUGAUUGAUUCAGCAAUCAGUGAAAAUCUAGCCAACACUUUGAUUUCAGAAUCAUUGCGAGUCAAGGAUGGUAAACAUGAAGAUGAAAAUGAUAAUGACGGUGAUGAUGAUGAUGAUGGUGAUGAUGAAACGGCCCAUGACAGUGUUGUUGACAGGUCAGUGAAACUGGUUAACCAGUCAACAAAUUGUUGGAGAUCCAAAGUGGCCAUUCAAUGUCAAUCUGAUGGUGAUAAUAAUAAACUAAUUGAACAACAGAUUAACCUAAAAAAUAAUAGUCACAAUGUUGAUGGAAACUGCGGAAAUGUUAACCAUCACAAUCAACAUAACAAUCAGGUUAACAGUAAUAAUAAUAAACAAUUGGAUGAAAUGGAUUCAUCUAAAUGUAUUAAACCUUUAAAUACAAAUUUUAGGAGAAAUGAAAUUUGCCGGAUUAACAGUUAUAAUUGUGCUAAUUCAAUCAACAAUGAAACAAAUAAGCAAACUGGAAGGCGAGUUAUUUUGAAAUUUAAGAUUGAAAAAGAUGUUUCAAGGCAAUCAUCUUUACCUUUAUUAACCUCAUCAUCUUCAUCUUCAUCUUCAUUAUCAACAUCAUCAUCGCAAUGUGAUAAAGAAUCGGCUAAUUGGUCUUCAUCGUUUUCAUCUUCAUCCUCAUCGUCCUCUUCGGACGAGAUAACCAAGGAUGGUCAAGAGAAUGAGCCAAGAUUGUCUUUUCGUGAUAAACUGUCCAAUUUUGAGAGUCUUGCUAAGGGUGAAGACAUUGCAUCUUCUUGUCAUCUUAAUAAUCAACUUAAUCAAUCUUCACUCAAUCAUCCAAAAGAGAGGAAACUCAGUGUAACAGAAUCAUCUCAAUCUACAAUCUCAGGUCAAACUGUAUCAACUUCAUCUUCAUCAUCCUCUCUUCACCUCAAUAGUGAACAGAUUAAAAAUUCAACUGAAAUUCCUAAUCCUGAUUUAGAAUCAACGUCUUCAAAUUCCAACAUUUUCCCUGAUCUAUCACCAAAACCGAAACCUGCUUUACCUCCUCGACCAGCUAUUGGUGAACGUAAAUCGCUUCCUGUUGAUACCAAACUCCAUCAAAAUGUUAGUCGUACCAGCUCGGAUUCAUCAGCUAAUGCAGUGAGUGACAAAAUUCACAAUAACUAUUUUCGCUUUGCAACCAAACCAUAUACCAAUCCAAGAAUUGUCAAGAGUAAUGGCAAUAAGCCAGUAGUCUGUCUCCAAGGUUCUUUGUCAUCAAUUACAUCAACAUCAUCCUCGUCCUCCUCCUCGUCGCCGCCAUCGUCAUCAUCAACUUCAUUAUCAUUGCCCUUUCAAGAAACUUCAAAUUCAUCUGGGCCAAACAAUAUCAAAAGUAACACCAAUAGUAUCAACAGCAACAGCAAUGAAGAUGAUGAUACUAAAUUUAGUAACAGUCGAACCGCUAGCAACAGUCACAACGCAAUUAAAACAAGUAUAAAAUCUAACAAUAAUAGCAUUAACAGCAGCACCUCCACACCAGCCACCACAUCAGACACCGUAACUGCUGUUAAUGGUUUAACAAAGGCAAGCUUCAAACAUCUCAGCUUGAGUCCACAAACAUCAAACUCGUCUGUCAACAGUUGUAACAGCAACCGGACCGGAUCACCAUUAACAACAUCAGCCCAACUAGAUAGUAUCACAACCACUAACACAAUUCCUGAUUCUGGACGCCCAUCAUCUCAUCAGGGUUCACCUCAAAUAAUUGAUAUCCGUACAUCCAACGGAACUAGAUCCAGUAAUGGCCAAGGUGAUGGUGAAAAAUCAUUUUCGGAGGCCCAGUUGAUCAAAAAAUCAAACGAGAAUCUCAAAAGUCAUGAUCAACGAUCGAUGCUAUCAAUAAGUGGUAAAAAAAAGUGCUCCAAUUGUGGUGAUGAACUAGGUCGAGGAUGUGCUGCCAUGGUUAUUGAAACUUUAUCUUUAUAUUAUCACAUCAACUGUUUCAGAUGUUCAGUUUGUCACAUACAAUUGGGCAAUGGCACUUGUGGUACUGAUGUUAGAGUCCGAAGCAACCGAUUACACUGUCAAAAUUGUUACUCUAAUGAUGAAGUUGGAUUGACUCGCGUUUAAAGGCUAAAGCAAGACUUGAUGAAGGUUUUGGAUAAAGCUGGACAAUUGAUGGAUUUAAUUGUAGCUUUGGCUAAUUUAUUAACUAAUUUUAGACUUUAUAAUUUCAUUUUUUCCUUUCCCGUCCAAGUUAAGCUUGAUAAUGUUUUAUUAUAAUCAUCUUUACAACUGUUAAACCAAUGCCUACAAUCAACAACCAAAUUAAGCUUUAAAGACAAAUUUUAUCUCCUGUUACAGUUUACAUUUUAAUCAGUAAAUGUAUUAAACAAUAUAAAGUCUCGUUUUUUUUGUUGAA